AUGCAGAACUACGGAGAACCACAAACCUUCAGCCAAAGAGAGCAAGGAGGCCGCCAGGCGAUCCACCAGGCCCUCCCACAAGUAGGCCUGGGGGUUCACCAACAGGCCCCCUUCCACCAAGAAGAGCAGGCAAGCCCUCCCCUUUGGACGCCAACUUCGUGGGACCAAAUUGAUAAGCUGAACUUGCGGCUGACAAGGGAGAGGGGUGUGAGGAAAAAGCAGCAAGAACUAAUUGAGGCCCUCAAGGGCGAAAUACGAGAACUGCAGCAUAAGGUGAAGCUAGAGAGAUGUGAAGGCUGUGAGAGUGUCUUUUUGCAGCAGAACAUGGGUUAUUACUCUGAUAAAACCAAAGAGGAGCUCAUGGGUGUGAUUUCUGCACAAAAUGACAUAAUCAUUGAAAAGAACACACCGACAACCCUGACGCCUGUGGACAUCAGCAAAAUGACCAGAGCCGAGCUUUCCCGUGCGAACACCAGCCUAACCCGUGCUAACACCAGCCUAGCCCUUCAGAUGCAGGGUGUAAUGACUGUGCUGAAGGCACAGGAGGCCGCCAAUAAAGCCUUAGAGCAAGAAAUGGCAGAGCUAAAAAAGUGCUACAUCGGUGAGAUGGCAGCAGCGCCUUUCAGUAUGGAGGAGAAGGCUUAUGAUGCACAAGAAAUGGCUGGAGUGCAAGAACUUCAAGAUCAGGUCGCAUCUCUGAAAAAGAAGCUUGAUGAUGAAAGACAGAGGGCCUCUACCCUCCAACAAGAACAGGAGGAAAUGAGGAGCAUGUUUGAAGAGAAGAUCAGUAAGGACAGGGAGCAAGUUCAGAGGCUGAAUGCUGAGAAACUUUCUCUGGAAGAACAGGUGAAGAAACUGCAAGAACUGCAGCUGGAUGAGAGAAUGGAGAAAGAAAAAGACAUCCUGAAGACCACAGUGGAUGAUCUGCUACAGGAGACAUCCAAACUUGAAGAUCAGGAGGGGACAAGCAAUGUCAUCUGCGAAGAAGAUGAUCCUGAUACAGUCAAGGAGACAGCUGAGAUGGAGGCCAUCUCUCUGUGGAGGAGGUUCAAAAAGAGUGUGACUCCCAAACAUCGCCGCCAAUACAAAGUCAGAGGCAGAUGCAGCGGCAGGACUGAAAAUCCCUGGCUCCUUGCCCAACUAAACUACUAA